CAUGCAGAAGGCGGCGGGCCGGCCGAAGGAGCGCCUCUACAAGCUGCUGGUCAUCGGCGACCUGGGCGUGGGCAAGACCAGCAUCAUCAAGCGCUACGUCCACCAGAACUUCUCGCCCCACUACCGGGCCACCAUCGGCGUGGACUUCGCCCUCAAGGUGCUCACCUGGGACCCGGAGACGGUGGUCCGGCUCCAGCUCUGGGACAUCGCCGGCCAGGAGAGGUUUGGCAACAUGACCCGGGUGUAUUAUCGAGAGGCGAUGGGAGCAUUUAUUGUCUUCGACGUGACGAGACCGGCAACUUUUGAAGCGGUGACAAAAUGGAAAGAGGAUUUAGACACUAAGCUGACUCUCCCCAACGGCAGUCCCGUGCCGACGGUUCUCUUGGCCAACAAAUGUGAUCAAAGCAAAGAGCUCCUCGUGAACAACGGCAUGAAGAUAGAGCAGUUUUGUGCGGAUAAUGGCUUCGUGGGAUGGUUUGAAACUUCGGCAAAGGAAAACAUAAACAUCGACGAAGCUUCCCGGUGUUUGGUGAAACAUAUCAUCGCUAGCGAGAGUGACCCAAUGCAGCCCGUCGAACCAGACGUCGUUCAACCCCACUUGAAUUCCUCCAAGCUUGCCAGCUGUUCAGCUUGCUUCAGACCCUAAGCCGUUUCCGAGCUCUUCGCAGACAUGGGAACUGAGUGAAAAACUGGUGAAGAA